UGGUACGUCGGAUGUUGAACCGGAAAUAUAUACAACGUACAUUCGCUUCGUUGACGUCGGCAUUUUGAAGUUAACUGCCAGUUCCGAUUAUUCCAUUAUUUUACAAAAUAAUUUUAGAUUACAAUGAGAUUCAGGUUGGGUUUUCGUAACAUGUAACGUUUUGUUGAUUUCGUAGUAGGCCUAAUCUGUCGAGUAGUCACCAUUUUUCUUGCGAACAGGUGUAUGACAUUGGUCAUACUAAUUGUGUAAAUAUUAAAACGAACAGUAUUUGUAAUCAAAAUGACUGAUCAGCAAAUGGACUGUGCAUUAGAUUUAAUGAGACGGUUGCCUCCACAACAGAUAGAGAAGAAUUUGAGUGACCUAAUUGACCUGGUACCAAGUCUCUGUGAGGAUCUUCUGUCAUCAGUUGAUCAGCCUCUAAAGAUUGCUAGAGACAGAGAUAUGGGCAAGGACUACUUAUUAUGUGACUAUAAUAGGGAUGGAGAUUCUUACAGGUCUCCGUGGAGUAACACCUAUGAUCCCCCAUUAGAGGAUGGUUCAAUGCCUUCAGAACGCUUGAGGAAAUUGGAAAUUGAUGCAAAUCAUGCCUUUGAUCAGUAUAGAGAAAUGUACUUUGAAGGAGGAGUGUCCUCAGUAUAUCUGUGGGAUUUGGACCAUGGCUUUGCAGGUGUUAUUUUAAUUAAGAAAGCAGGUGAUGGCUCAAAGAAAAUUAAAGGAUGUUGGGAUUCUAUUCACGUAGUUGAAGUUCAAGAGAAGACUAGUGGACGCAGUGCUCAUUAUAAGCUUACAUCUACAGCCAUGUUAUGGCUACAGACAAACAAACCUGGUUCUGGAACCAUGAAUCUUGGGGGUAGUCUAACAAGACAAGUUGAGAAUGAUGCCAGUGUGAGUGAGGCAUCGCCACACAUUGCCAACAUCGGACGGAUGGUAGAAGAAAUGGAAAACAAGAUUCGCAAUACGCUCAAUGAGAUUUAUUUUGGAAAAACCAAGGACAUUGUGAAUGGGCUGCGUAGUGUUCAGCCUUUGGCAAAUCAGCAGCAGCAGGAUGCAUUGCGACAGGAUCUUGCACUAGCACUCUUGAGGAGGCAAGCUAAGGGAGAAACCAAUUGAAAUAAUGUGGCGAAGUGGCCAGCAAGCCAAUAAACUGAAUAAAUCUGCUCGGCGUGUAUGACGUGAAGUUAACUUUUCUUUCGAGCAUACUAGUGCUGGCAACUGUAAAUAACUAAAAUGCCCACAUUAUUAUGGAUAUGAAAUUCUGAUUAAUGGAAUUGGGUAUCUAGUAGUACAGAUUGCUUAUUCAAAUUUGACAGAGGUUUCAGAAUUGUAAGAUAAAACCUUAAACUACCUCUCCAAGGAAUCUAACUUAACAUAACUAUUGACAUGCAGAAUGUUAAAGCUUCCAGGCUGUUGUUACAUGCUUAAAACUCUGGGCAUAUUAGUUAGAAUUUGCUAGCACAAGUGUUUGAGUAUAAAUCACUUCUCCUUGUUCAGAACUGGCAUGUCUUCAGUGCAUAUUGUUAAUGGUGCAUUUGUUGAAAGUGUCUUAUUUUCUAUCCAGCUUAAAAAAGAAAUAUGUGUACAUACAUUGUGUUGUCAGAUGUUGCUGAGAGGGCCCUAAAUAAUGACAUCCAUACUGGUUUAGUAGUGGCAUAUAUGUCUGUCUUCCGCACUCAUAUUCCUGGGAAGCCAUUGCUGAUUCCCAGUGCAUUCAGCUAAGUCGUGUACUGAUGUUGAACGUCGUUAAAUUACCAUCUUGUUUGGUGCUGUCAUUUUUAAGCUCAUUUUCUUAAGUACAAGGUGUGGCAAUA